AUGCGGUCCAUCAUCGGCAUCCUCCUCUGUCUCGCCCUUGUGUUCUAUGUGGCUCCUGUCGGCGGAAGGAAAGUUAGAAAGAGGUGCAAGCCUUUGACGUUCCCAGACACGGUAAGAAGUUGUGACCAGGAGCCAAACGCAGAAGGGUGGUACCAAGAUGGAACCGUCUGCAACUUUGACUGCAGGUUGGGAUGUGUGAAGGACACAGGGGGCACAAGGAGGGUGUGCAAGGUCAAGGGCAGGACAAAAUGGUGGACUGGAGGACGCGGACUGAAGUGUCGUUGUCGCCCAUGUGUCGGUGCACCCAGCCACCCCGAAGGUUACACCAGUGAUUGCGGUGCAGGCACCUACCCAGCCGGCCACACAUGUGUCUUCACCUGCCCGGCCGGGUAUGUCAGGGCGUCCGGUAACGAGAGGAAAAUCUGCGUGAACAGCCACUGGAGGGGAGAAGAUCUAGUGUGUGAAGAGACAAACGAAUGCUUGUCUGAUCCGUGUGCAAAUGGCGCGACUUGCGAGGACGAGGUCAACGGCUACACCUGUACUUGUGCUGCUGGAUAUGAAGGAGAUCAUUGUGAAACGGAACAGGAGCUUUUAAAAGUGUUAUCCGUCCACGAGGCUGGGAGCGCCAAGUUCUGUAAUGUCACUGACGAAAGGUCCCACCAUGCCAAGAAUUGUGUGAAGAAGUUCGAGCCAGCUGUGAAGCUUCACUGCAAGCUAUCGGCGAAGAAUGGCCACGGAGCUGUGCAGAUCUGCCGAGCAGGGGUGACGGGGAAUGUCUUGAGCCAGCUGCCGGCGGAUGCGAGCCCUUUCCACAGGGACUUCAAAACAUUUGCGAACCCCUCACCGGGUACAACACAACAUCAUUCCCCAACUCCUUUGGUCAUCUGUCUUCGCAGCAGAUGA